AUGCCCUUCCCGACCUCCGAUGUCAACUUUGACUUCUCCGAUAGCAUGGGUGAGGUCAACCCUCUGCUCAGCGAUGUCCUCACCAGUCUUCUGGAGCGCAACCAGAAGUUCGCAACGGGUCUCGAGCGUGACCAUCGCGAGCUGCUGAAAACCCUUUCCAAGGGUCAGAAGCCCACGGUGUGCUGGAUUGGCUGCUCCGACUCGCGAGUGCCAGAGGGCUCCGUAUGCCAGACGUACCCUGGAGAGAUCUUCACCAUCAGGAAUGUAGCCAAUCAGUGGAAUGAAAAGGAUGACAGCGCUGCCGCCGCGCUCACCUUUGCCAUCGAAGCUCUCGGUGUAGAGGAUGUGAUCAUCGUUGGCCACACCUCCUGCGGUGGUGUCAGUGCAGCCAUUGCCGGCGCCUCCUCGGGGCCCCCGGCCGAGACAGCCUCCUCCUCGCUUGGCCGCUACCUCGUCCCAUUGACCAAGCACGCCUACCAGAUCAAGCAGGAGGCUACAGAAGAGCUCAGCCCACCCGCUUUCGUCAAGAAGCUCACCACCGAAAAUGUCAAGAAGCAGUUGGAGAACCUCAAGGCGAGCGAGGUGAUUCAGAGGAAUUGGACGACGGGAGAGAGCACACUGGUCCCUGGAAAGGUGUGCAAGAAGGUCAGGCUGCAUGGAUGGGUCCACGACAUCUCCACCGGCAAGCUUCACGAUCUCAACGUCUCUGUUGCACCUCCUAGCUAG